AUGUUGGACCAAGUCCUCAUUGAGUUUGAUCUUGGGGAGGCUGCAGCCGUGUUGUUGACGAACAACAUCUCAGGCCGAGCCUUUCUUGAGGUGUUAAGUGGAAAAGAAGAUCUUGAAGCGCUUGGAAUUACAGACCAACUCACACUGCGGCGUCUCAUGAAUUUGCAGGAUGAGUGGAAAAGCGGCAAUGGCAAGGUGUUGCUAAACGCCCACGAAUUUGGGAGCAGCUUGAUGGAAGCAAUCGACGAAGUGAUUGACGGCAUUCGUAAGUUGGAGAACAAGUACUGCAAGCGAUCAUCAGUGCAGCUGCGUGAAGAGGGUGAGGCUCUCCGGGAGUGUUUGGAGGCAUCCGGGGCGCUGGCGCCAGUGCGCUUCUUGGCUAGCUUGCACCGGCGUCGCUUCGCGGAGGUCAUCAAACGACACCCAGGGCCAUGGCCUGGCAGCCUUGAUGCGGUGGUGCAGAUCCGGGAGCUAGCCUUGGCCACGGCUGCUGGUGCAGGGGCUGCAAGUGUAGCACCUCUGGCAGCUGCCUCCCGUGCGCUGCGUGGUGGUGUGGGUAGCAUGCUCUCAGAGUUUCCAGCCCUCUUCCCUUCGCAGGUGUACGCCAUUGGCGGGGCCGAUUCUAGCGCUGAGACUCUAAGCUCUGUGGAGAAAUUCGACUCCAAGAGCUGCGUCUGGGAGACGGUGUCCCCCAUGGCUGAAUCCAGGGAGAGCUGUGCUGCAGUGGCAGCCAACAGCAUGAUCUAUGUGUUGGGCGGUGUCAAUGGAGAGGCUCAAUGCCUCAGCAGCGUGGAAUGCUUCUCGCCCCAGACAGGGAUGUGGGAGCAAAUCCCUCCAAUGCGAUAUGCCCGAGCUGCAGCGGCGGCGGCCGCAUGCGCUGGGCAGGUCUAUGUCAUUGGUGGACGGGAUGGUUUUCAAUGCCUUGAUAGCGUGGAACGUUUCGACCCGGUCAGCCGCCGCUGGCGUUUACAAGCGUCCCUUCGCAGCGCCAGGCUGGGCGCUGCAGCAUGUGUCUUAGGAGGUAGCGUCUAUGUGGUCGGCGGCAAGGGUGGUGGUCGAGUCCUUGACUCUGUAGAGCAGCUGGAGCACGACAACAGUUUCUGGGAUGCUCUGCCGAGUUUGCACGCCCGGCGCUACCGCUGUGCAGCUGCAGCAGCCCACGGUCGCAUCUAUGUGGCUGGUGGCUGCGACGGCUCUUGGCAGACAGGACUGCGGAGUGUGGAACGCUUCGAUCCGGAGACGAGAGCUUGGAGCAUCCUGGCACCGCUGCAGGUACCACGUUGGGGCGCAGCUGCCGUCCAAGCGGGUGGCUCGGUGUGCGUCUUCGGUGGCCGCGGCGCCGCCACCACGGCGCUCAGCUCGGUGGAGCGCUUCGACCCAGCGACGGGGACCUGGGAGCCGCUGCCACCUUUGAAGGUCCCCAGGAAGUUCUGUGGUGCUGCCACGUGCAGAGACUGAGAGCGGUGGCGAAAAUAUCAGGGGUCAGGCGCUUGGACAAAGUUGCCAGCGCCACAGCGUUUGCCAAUGUGAACCAAGAUGGUAGGCGAGGAUGCUGGACUAUUUGAA